AUGGCCUCCACCAUCCCAAGCCAUGCCUUGAGACACCUCACAUUAACUCGGCCAUGGUUCAGCAAAAUCCGCUGCACUACGUCUCUUGCGUCUUCCAGUGAAGACCCACACCAAAUUUUCCCUCUGAACGCCGAUACUGGCUCCAAAACUGGCAACAACAGCAAGUCACAAGCUUUCUUCCCAAAGAAAAACCAAGUCUUGGAGCUCGAAUGUGAGAGCCUGGCUUUUAAAGGGAUAGGUGUAUGCAAAGUGGCGGAUUCUGGGUUUGUUUUGUUGUGUAACAAUGCACUUCCUGGUGAACGUUUCAUUGGCCGUGUUAGUCGUAAGAAAGGAAGUUACGCUGAGGUUACAAAGUUGAAGACCUUAUCUCCUCACUGGGACUUUGUAGAUGCCCCUUGUGAGUAUGCAUCAUACUGUGGAGGUUGUAAAACGCAAAACUUGUCUUAUGAGGCCCAACUCAGAGCUAAGGAGCAACAAGUACGUGAAUUGGUCAUCCAUGUUGGAAAGUUUUCGGAUAAAACCCCAGAUUUUGCACAUAUUAUGAAGCCCAUUGUUCCCUGUGAUAUACUAUUUCAUUAUCGGAAUAAGAUGGAGUUCUCAUUUGGUUCUCAGAAAUGGUUACCUAAGGAAUUAUUACACGAGAAACUAGAUGGCAAUGACAAUUAUGCAUUAGGACUGCAUGCUCCUGGAUUUUUUGAUAAGAUACUCAAUGUUGACAAAUGUUUAUUACAAAGUGAGCCUGCAAACAAGAUCCUUGCAACUGUCCAAGACAGUUGGAAAGAUCCAGAACUAGGUCUUUCUCCAUACAAUGUUCACUCCCACGCUGGAUUUCUUAAACAUCUAGUUCUGAGAACUGGAAGGGACAUGAGUACUGGUCUACCUGAACUUAUGGUCAACUUUGUCACCUCGUCUUACAAGCCAGAGAUGCUGAAACCCCUGGUUGAGAAAAUUUCAACUAUUCCUGAAGUGGUUAGUAUUAUGAAUAAUGUAACUACUUCUAUUGGUAACACAUCUGUUGGCGAGGAGGAGUAUACAUUGUAUGGGAAAACUACAAUCACAGAAAGUUUGAGAGGUCUAACAUUUCAAAUUUCAGCAAACUCCUUUUUCCAGACAAAUACUCAUCAGGCUGAGGUUCUCUAUAAACUAAUUGAAGAUUGUGCUGGCUUGAGAGGAGAUGCCUCCGAAAUUGUCCUCGACUUGUUUUGUGGGACAGGAACCAUUGGUCUAACACUUGCAAAAAAGGCUAAACAUGUUUAUGGUUAUGAAGUUGUUGCUCAAGCUGUUGCAGAUGCUAAUAAAAAUGCCAAGCUGAAUGGAAUAAAUAAUACUACAUUCGUUCAAGGAGACCUCAAUAAAAUUGAUGAAAAUUUUGGCAAGCAUUUUCCAAAGCCGGAUAUUGUCAUUUCAGAUCCAAAUAGACCCGGUAUGCACAUGAAAUUAAUCAAGUUUCUGCUGAAGCUUAAGGCUCCGAAAAUUGUUUAUGUAUCAUGCAAUCCCGCGACUUGUGCUCGUGACAUCGAUUAUCUUUGCCAUGGUGCGGUGGAGCAAAAAAUCAAAGGAUGUUACAAGUUAAGAAGCAUACAACCAGUAGAUAUGUUCCCUCACACUCCUCAUAUUGAAUGUGUUUGCCUAUUGGAGCUUUGUUGAAUACUAGCAUUCACCUAUUGGAUACCUGUAAUUCUCUAUUUUAUUUUAUGAUGAUAAUUCUGAUCAAUUACAUCACUUCAAUUGAUUCAAUUUUGUCUCACAUUUCCUUUUGGUCCU